UCCGCGCUGCCUGUAGUCAUCAUGCUAGCUCUUGAGACAGUUGUGGUAACUCUUGUAUUUUUAUUCCUUCUGUUUUGUCUCCGUCUGUAUGUAGUCCUAAAAUCCGGGGCCAAGUACAAGCCUGGCAGUAAGGGCUCGGUGUCGGUGUUGGUCGCGGUCGGAUCAGGGGGCCACACCACAGAGAUCCUCCGACUCUUGGGCAGUCUGUCCUCAGCAUACUCACCUCGAUACUACGUCCUGGCUCAGACCGACCGCAUGAGCGAAGACAAGAUUCAUGCCUUCGAGAGCUCCAGAGAGCAGGGAGACUCAGAGUUCAGCGUGUUCCGGAUCCCGCGCAGCAGAGAGGUGCACCAGUCCUGGAGCUCAUCUGUCUUGAGCACUGUGAACGCCCUGUGCUACUCUGUGCCCCUGGUGUUCAGACUGAAGCCUGACCUGAUCCUGUGUAACGGCCCUGGCACGUGCGUCCCUCUUUGCCUGGUGGGGCUGCUCCUCGGGGUGCUGGGGCUGAAGCAGGUGGUCCUGGUGUACGUGGAGAGCCUGUGCCGUGUGCAGUCCCUAUCUCUCACAGGCAGGAUCCUCUACCCCCUCACACACUACUUCUUUGUGCAGUGGGCCGCGCUCAGGGACAAGUACCCCAAAGCCAUUUUCCUCGGGCGCAUCGUCUGACCACCCCAAGGACAUACUACAGCAACAUUGGAACUAAACUUGAUCUAAACCCGGAACUAAACCUGGGCUGGACUAUGACUAAACCAGAACUGGAACAGGACCAAACAGUCUGCAUCAGGACUACACAUGGACAUGACACUGGCAUAGGUUAGAGCAGUGGUCCCCCAUCCACAUCUUUGUGUCCUUUGGCAAGACACUUGCCUAGUAUGAAUGUGGUGUGUGAGUGUUGGUGGUGGUUGGAGGAGCUCAUGGCACAGGUUGACAGCCUCAUUUCUGUCAGUCUGCCCCCAGGGCAGUAGUACAGUACAGUACAGUUGUAGCUUACCACCAGCGAAUGUGGAGUGAAUGAAUAAUGCACUGUACUGUGCUUUGGGCGUCUUGAAAGGCGCUAUAUAAAUCCAGUGUAUUAUUAUUAUGAACAAGUGUGAACACAGCCUGGAGCCUGAAGGGACUGUUUCUGCUGUGUCAAUAAAGACUAUUGUAAUACAUAAUAUGCAAUCAGUUUCAUUCAAAAACCAUGUCAUAACAUUGUGAUCUGUCUGUUAUGAAAAUGCACCUCA